UGCUGUUGCUUCUUCUUCAUCAAAACAAACCCAGAUCUGGGUUUUUCAAAACCAGAUCUGGGUUUGUCUCAAGCCCCAAUCUGGGUUUGAGACAAACCCAGAUCGGGGCUUGAGACUGCAUUUCUCCAUCCACCUCCGCUUCUUUCCUCACUCGUCAUUUCUCCUUUGAAUCGACGGAUACUAUUGUGAAGAAGAGCUUGAAGCCUGGCGUCAUGGCCCCCGCACGGCUCUGCAACAGCAAUGGCUGGUUUGCGCCGUCGCAGGCUCACUAUAGGCUUGGCCGCGUCGAGAUCGGUUCUGUCAGCUCCGACUCCGGCAGCUCCGGCUCCGGCAGUAACAUGCGUCGGGAUCUAACUGGUUUUUGGGAUCUACCUGCUUUCUGCGAUCUACCUGGUUUCUACGAUCUACCUGGUUUCUGGGAUCUACCUGGCUCUGUGGUUUACAAUCUCUUGGGCUUUCGCCUCUAACGAGCUAGCCACUGAUGCGAGCUUCAUUUUUGUUCUAGUUUUUUGAACUCUUGUGGUUUAUGUUCUAUUUUUUCAAACUCAUGGUUUUUGUUCUGUUUUUU